GAGCCGCUCACCGAGGAGGCCGUCCAGCUCUUUACGAGCUUGGUGGUAGGAUAUCCGUGUAUGAUGGCCCUCACUGGCGGAGCCUGGAGCAUUCUCCCGGACUUUGGCAGGGCCACAGUCCGCUCCCUCGUCUUGUGUCCGGGGGCAUCGCACAUGUUCACCGCGCGGGACGAGACCGGGUCCUUGGUCGGCUUUGCCCUGUUUUCACUCCCUGGAGAGCCGUCCAUGUACGUCUUAAUGAGCAAGCUGUCGCCGGAAGGGAGACAGUACUUCGCAGAGGUGAGGAGGAAGGACAUUCCACGAUCCAAGGACAAACUGUUUGGGAUUGAAGCCGCAGAGCGUAACACGUAUUGGUGCAGUCGCGCAAUGGUGCGUGCCGAUUAUCAGGGAAAGGGCGUAGCGAAGGCGAUGUUCGAGAUUGCGUUUGGGGAGGUGUGCAAUCCAUACUUGACAUAUACAUACCGUGUCGCGUACGGGCCUGACACACAUGCGGAAUCCACGCAGCGAAGACUGGAGCUACAGUGA